GUAAUUUCUGUCUUUUACGGGAAUGCUGAAGUUGUUUUAAUGACAAGACAAUUUUUGUAUAAAAUUUUUUAUUUUAUAGAUUUGAAAAUACUCCAAGAUGAAAGUAUAUGCAUUACUACCAGUCUGUGGUAUAAAGUUUAUACCAAAAACAAAAAAAUUGUUAAUUUACGCUAUUUUUAGUCGAGUGUGAUGUCUAGAACUGUCACAUUGUAACAAUAUUUGCUUAAUGUAAAAGAUCUACAGUUUGUACUUACAAAAAUUUAAAUUCAUAAACUAAUAGAUGAUAGGUACAAUUUCGAGCUUUAAAAAUUAAUUUCUUAUACAUAAUUAAGACGAAAUUGUGCUACAAAAAUUUAAAUUACGGGUGAAAAGUUGAUAAUUGGAGCAAUAAGAAAAAAAUUUUAUUUUUGAUAUUAAGUCCAAUUUACAACUGAUAUUAAUAUAUGUACUUUGGUUCUGGAAAAAAAUUUUAAUCUAUAAAAGAAUAGAUAAUGACUCUAUGCUCAAUUUCCAAAGUGUUUCCUAAGUCCCCUAAAUUUUAAUUUUAUCUUAUUCAUCAGGAAGGCAAAAUCUGUAAACAUUAUUUUUCUUACUUAUACUUUUAGGAAUCAAAAUCCCUUUUUUAACGUCCUCCUUUACCGAGUAUAAUAGAUUUUAGAAACAUUUUUGUUGCAACUUAUUACAUGCUACAGAAUUUUUUCAAAAUUGUACAUAAAAUGUGAAAGAGAGGAGAGGAUUGAAAAAGUUUUGAAAUUAUCUGAAAAACUUUGCAACACACGUGCAUAUAUUGUAGAGAUUUUGAUAAUUAUGCUAUAUGAGUAUAUACAAUUAUCAGCAUUUACAAAUUGUGUAUUAUAGAGUUAUUAUAACGCUAGAAUUUACAAAAUCGGAGUUGAUAAAAUUGCGACAUAAUCUCGUAUCCCGCGCAGCGUAGUCACACAUCAUGUCAUGUUCUCUCAUGAUGACGUUGUACGCACUCAUGCUCAGGUUCGCCUACGCGCACUCUCAUGAUUUAUUUUUGCUUGGCGAUUUGUACAAUCACGAUUUGCCGCAAUCUCGGCGGAGCCUCGGUCGAACGCGCAAAGUAACGGCCGCCUAUUCCAGAAUAAUCUAUGGAUUAAGAGUUUCUUAAUAUUGUAGUACUAUAAAUUUUAAUUUGUAAUUACACUACUUGCUAUGUUAAAAAAAGAUCUGAAUUAUAAUUAAACAUCUAUCUUUGUGGAAUGACGGCACAUUAAGUGAGUUUGUGAGUGACAACCGUAAUUGUAAAAUUUAUUAUAAAAAUCGGAUUAAUAGGAUCAUUCAUUGUUUGAUAAGGAAAACUGAAUUAUUCUAUAUAUAUAAAUUGUUAAAUAAUUUACGUUGAGAAAAACGAAAGCAAAUAAGGUAUUUAAUUAAUAUAAAAUCAGAAACAAAUGUGAAUAAAUCAUAAGAGUACAAAUUGGAAAAGAUUAAAUAUUGUGUUAUAUGUUUGAUAUAUACAUAUAAACUAACGUAAAACAAUAUAUUAUAAAAUAUUUGGAUAUUUGAAAGUAAUAUGUGGAUUAAAUUUUUUUGGAAUGUGAAAAGACAAUGGAAAAUUAAGUGAAUUCAGAAUAUAUAAAUAAACUUGAGCAACAAGUGUCCUUAAAGUAAGUAAAAUCUUCAAACACGAAUGUUCACACGAACAUCUUAUAAAUUAUACAUUAUACUUUUUCAAAAGAUUAUUUAAAAUUUAUUAAAAAUAAUAUUUAAAUUCUUAUUUGAAAUUUAUUAUCAAAAUUUAUUUUCCAAUAAAGAAAAUUAAGUAAAUCUUAUUAAUAUGAAGGAUUAUCUUUGAAUCAGCACAAAUGUUAUUUUCAAAAAUGUUUUUUUAAACAUUUAUGAGAGAAAGAGAAUCUGUUUUAAAAAAAUUAAAUAUAGGUUAAAUUUUGUUUGUUUAACAUUUUAACGUUUGGAAAAAAGUUUAUUAUUGUAAAAGUUUUAAUAUUAAAAUAAUUAUAUAUAUUUUUAUUAAUUUUGUAAAUAAAUUUUAUCGAUUAGCAUCAUACACAUUCCAAUAAUCAUCACAUGACAAUAUUAUAAUCGAGAAAAUAUUUUAGAAUUUUUCUUCGAAAUCUUUUGAAAAUUUUCAAGCAGUCUUUCAUUCAAAUCAGGACCACCAAAUAACUUUGCUUGACUUCUACAAUAUUUUUACAAUUCUACAAAGUUUUAUUUUUAGUUUCUGGUUAAGAAAUAUAAUCCAAAAACAAAGUAAUAUGUCGAUAUUAACGUUCUCUAAUGUUAUAAUAUUUUAAUAAAACUUUUGAUUAUGAAAAUAAAAUUAUUAAAAUUAAAUUAUAGUCCUUUUAUUCUCUUUGUUCUAAAUAGUUUUUAAAAAAGAAAAGUUGCGAUUUUUAAUUAAAUUAUCUAGCUAUAUUAUAGUAUAGUCAAUUACCCUAUUAAAUAAUGCCCCAGAAGUGUCGUUAAUGAAUUAAAAGAAAAAUGACAAGAAAAGAAAAAAUGGACUACGAAGAUCAUGAGGAGAAAUCCUCAACUAUCAAAGAUUCUCCAACAAUACAUUUAGGCGAAUUGUUGGUGCACACGUCGAUGCCGACAGCAGCAGUCGCGGUAAAAUUAUGUAGUGAAGAUUCGGUAGAGGAAACAGAAAUCACCAAUCAGAAGAAAAGCGAUGUCCUGAGCACAUUUAAAAGAAGAACUUUCAAUAGAAUCAGCUUUAAGGGUGAAUCAGGUCCUUUAUUAAACAGGCAUCGCCAAACCAAAUUUAGCACUAGAAGAGUUCGCAAAAGAGUUGUUUUUAAACACGGUGACUGUAACGUUGUUCAGGGAAAUGUCGCCAAACGACGUCGACGGUAUCUUCAGGACAUUUUCACAACAUUAGUCGACGCACAAUGGCGAUGGACACUCUUAGUGUUUUCUAUGAAUUUUUUAUUGUCUUGGCUAGGAUUUGCGCUUAUAUGGUGGCUGAUCGCAUACAGUCACGGUGAUCUGGACCCCCAGAAUUAUAAUAAUGAGACUUUUAUUCCCUGUGUCGUGGAUAUACGAAAUUUUGCAAGCUGCUUCCUGUUUUCUGUUGAAACACAGCACACAAUCGGAUACGGGGCAAAACACACGACGGACGAAUGCCCAGAAGCAAUUUUUACAUUAUGUAUUCAAUCAAUGACUGGAGUGAUUCUGCAAGCAUUCAUGGUUGGCAUUGUUUUUGCAAAGCUAUCACGUCCUAAAAAACGUACGCAAACUUUGCUCUUUUCGCGUAAUGCUGUAAUCUGCCAACGAGACGGUCAACCUUGUCUUAUGUUUCGUGUUGGUGAUAUGCGUAAGAGUCAUAUCAUUGAAGCUCACGUUCGUGCUCAGAUGAUUAAGAGAAAGGUUACUAGGGAAGGUGAAUUGUUACCGUUUUUUCAAACAGAACUUAAAGUGGGAGGCGAUGGAGAGGAGGAUAAGAUUUUUUUUAUCUGGCCUACUACAAUUGUUCAUAAGAUCGACCGAUACUCACCAUUGUAUAAGGUGUCAGCUGGCGACAUGCUAAGAGAGCGAUUUGAAAUUGUCGUAAUAUUGGAAGGAGUGAUUGAAUCUACCGGCAUGACAACGCAGGCAAGAAGUUCGUAUUUGCCAUCAGAGAUUUUAUGGGGUCACCGGUUUCAGCCCAUCAUUACCUUCCGCAAGGAGACCGGUGAAUAUGAAGUCGAUUACACUCUUUUCAAUAAUACUUAUGAGGUGGAUACUCCACUUUGUUCUGCCGCUGACCUCGACCGUAUCCGGGCGAUGCAUCGCAAAGAAACUGAGCGUCCUAGCUCAAGUAUGUUUCCGGAAUAUCAUGAAACCUAUAGUAAUAGUUCCUUAACAAUGACUUCUGCGUCAAGUUUGAAAUCUUCAACUGGCGAAUUACGUAACCAAAUACCGACGAUGACUUCGACGACCUCUCUAAACCCGAUACCAGUGAUAAUCACUAGGCCAGAUGAUUCGUGCAAAAAGAAUAUCAAUAUGCAUUCCAGCAUAUCACUGCCUCCUUCUUCUUCUUCUUCUUUUUCUGCUGUUGCACAAAAUGAGGUCCAAGGAUCACAAUGGUAAAAGAAUUUUUUGGGAACGAUCACUAAAAGUAUCACAAUGGCAAAUUGGAACAUUUGAGAGUUGUGCCUUCUUCUCUAGAUUUGCAAUUUCUCUAGAUUUUUUUUUUAGAUAUUACCAACAAUUACAUUUCAAAUUUCAAAAGCUGAUCACAAAUGCUUAAAUUCAAAUAUUGUAUGUAUAAUUUCUUUGUACAAUAAAUUCUCCAAAAACAUUAUAUCUUGAUUGGAAUUCUGAAGAGUUUUGCUGUUUAGUUACUAAAUAAAAAUUAGUAUAACUAUCCAAUAACCAAUCAAAAAGCUGCACUAAAUUUUUAUCAGGGAUAUAAAAGAUUAAUAUCAGAAAAUACUGCUGUAACUUAUGUGACGUUCGUGGUGACAUAUGAGAUACACGUGACGAACAUGUUAAGCGCUCGACAAGAUUAAAAGAUUGACUGGUGCAAUAAUGAGACCACUUCCCGCAUUAAAUUCAUCUCGCUUUUACAUGACUCCAGGAAUACAUCAUCAAUCCAUCAUCUAGCACAUUUCGUUUUUCAAUUUCUAAUAUGUUAUGCAAAAGUAAAUUUUUCAGAAAUUUUUUUUCAUUAAUUUUACAUUAUUCCGACUUCAUUAAUCAUUCAAAAUGGAAAUAUUUUUAAAAUUUAUCUAUUCCACAAACUUGUUUCGUUGUACUUUUAUUGAGAGCAACAGAGAUAAUUAUAAAUGCUUUAUUAAUUAAUU